AAAUAGCUCUAAUGUAAACUUCCGGUUGAGUCUGCGCUAGCUAAAUUAAAUUAAUUAUUUUGGAAUAGUUCCUCAUUUAGUGCAAAAAGCAAGGAUUCUUUUACGAAACUUCUGAUUUAAUUUAUCUUUUGAAGAUGGCACCUGUGUAACUGAAGGAAGGUGUCCGCCAUGGGCUGAUGGUGAUUCCUGGCACCCAUGGAGACUGAAGUGACCUUGACCCCUGUGACCUUGCCAGAGGGGUCAGCCACUUCCAGUAGUCUCGGGUCCGGGGGAUGUGGGCAGCUUCCCAAGCAGCUCGAGGCGGUGAAGGCGGCAGACAUUUUGCCACAGUUCAGGCAUCGCUGGAACACUAAUGAGGAGAUAGCCGGCAUCCUGCUUGCAUUCUCCAGCCACUCGCAAUGGCAGCACCACGAGGUCAGGCUGCGACCACCCAGCGGAUGUCUGCUGCUCUUCAACCGGAACAGUGUGCGAUACCGGAAGGACGGCUACUGCUGGAAGAAACGCAAGGAUGGGCGUACCAUCAGGGAGGAUCACAUGAAGCUGAAAGUCCAGGGCCUAGAGUGCAUUUAUGGUUCCUAUGUCCACUCGGCCAUUCUUCCAACUUUUCAUCGAAGAUGCUACUGGUUAUUGCAGAAUCCGGACAUAGUGCUUGUUCAUUACCUGAAUGUGCCGUAUCCAAGCAACACCAAACUGAGCAUCCCUGUUCUAUCUAUCGCCAUGGAGAAGAAGGAAUGGACCAAGGAAGAGCUCACACAACAGCUCAAACCCAUGUUCUCCAGUUCAGAACAGGAACAUGUUUCAGUGCUGGAUGAGACCAUGGAGACUCUGGUUCAGCGUCUGAUGGACAACCAAGACAAGCUUGGAGGGGAGCAUCCAAUAGAGGGUCUCACCACCACCCAGAAAAAGAGAAAUGUCCACAUACAACCCGUCAGUCAUCGAGCGGAUUCGCAGUCCAGCAGUGCUGCGUUACAGCAAAAUUGCUCUGAUCGCAGUUCUUGUCAGCUUUCUAUGGGCGGAAAUCAUUUCCCGCCCCAAAAGUCUGUGAACUAUGCUCAAAGUGUCAUCGUCAACCUUAGUAAUCUACCCAAUGGUCAGCAAGUGAUGCUUGUUACGGGUCAAACCAAUCCAAACCAGCUAUCGCUCCUGCAGACGCAUUCACUAUGUCCCAAUUCAUCUAACUUGUCUCAAGGAGUUUCGUCGACCCCGUGUAGUAGUAUUUCCAGCCCGCUGAGUGGUUUCCAGUCAAGCAUGUCCAGGGAUGCAGCUGCUGCAAUUAUGAUGAAUCAUUAUGUUGCCCAGGGCAACAGUGGACCAUGCCUGUCACGUUCAGCCUCGCUGUGCGACCCGCACCAUUUACAGUAUGACCAGUCGGCAAUACAGCGAUCUCAGAGUGACGAGGCGCAUAUUAACGCAGCAGACAGCAAAAACAACUGCAUGUACGGCAACAACAACUAUCAGUACUUGCAGGACAUGACUGCCAUGUUCCAGUCAUAUCAAAACGCGUCUUUUUCUAACGGUUUUCACCAACCUCCAUUACCAGUUAGCCAGGGUUCGUGCCUACCGGGAAAUCUGACGGAUAGCCUAUCACAAUCUCACGAACAAUCUUGUGAUAGUUCUCUUUAUCAGUCAUCCUCGUACCUGUCAAACGAAUGCUCGACUUCCAUCGUGAAUUCCUUCAUAGAGGAGCUAAUGUCGUCCGAGACCAACCCCAGCGAUGGCAACAAGAAGUCCUUCAGACACCUUGGCGAUAGUUUCGAGAGUAUUCAGCCGAGUCUGAGCACCAUUCAGGGCUCAGAACUGAAUCUGGACCAGCUGGAUCUGAUGGACAUGCCUGAUCUAGACCACAUGUGUCACGAGAUGGCACUCAACGCGUCUUCACCAAUGGAAGAGCAACGAAAAGUCAGCAUGUGUUCACCUCAAACAACUAGCCGGGGCACGUCGCCCCAUCUGAAACCUAAACAAGAUUGUGCUAACGUGUCUGUGUCUUCAAGUGGUCACCAUUGCACAACGCUUAGUUCGAAUUCAGAGACAUUAAAUGUUUUCGCUCAAUCUUCCUUAGCUAGUUCUAAUCCGGGUACCUCUGUCUCAAGGGUUUCAACGAUGACCGCGACUGUUACGGACAUUAAUAUGGCCUGUGGUCAAUGUGGUUGUGAUGUUCAAAGUUCGAGGUCGACUCAUGUCGAAGGUCAAGGUCAGCCUUGUAAAUCCUCGUCAUGUCGACAAGACUCUGUCAGUAGUGUUGUUCACACUACGAAGACUCCAAACACCAUAGCAACAAUUACAGACUUUUCACCAGAAUGGUCAUACACAGAGGGUCAGACGAAGCUGUUGGUGACGGGACCUUGGCACUCCAACAUGGGCACCUACACGGUGCUGAUGGACGGACGUGUGGUCGCCACUACCCUUGUACAGCCGGGCGUGCUCAGGUGUUUCGUUCCAGGUCACAAGCCAGGGCCAGUCACUCUGCAGGUUUCGUGUGAUGGCACUGUCAUCUCUAACAAUGCAAUGUUCGAGUACCGGCCCCUGCCUGUCACACAGCCAGCUGGGAACCAGUCUGAAACAAAAUCUGACUGGUUCUCUGUGGAAGACUCCAAGUUGUUCGAAUGUUUCGUUGGCAAGCUUGUGAAACUUGAGGCAGCCCUCAGCAAAGUUCCAGACGCAGUCAGUGUGUCACAGUUGCUAGGAAGCAUGCCGUCAGUGGAGCAGCAAGACCCAUGCUUGAGUCAGCACAUCGCGUCCCUGUCCGCCAGGCUGUGGAUAGACAACAACGCGACCCCGGACAGUGGAUACAUGGGACUCGGCCUGCUACACCUGGCAGCUGCUCUAGGCCUCACGCAGUGCAUACAGGCCCUCAUUGCUUGGAGGAAUGAGAGCUCUAACUGGAUGCUGGAAUAUGAGGUGGAUGCCAACAGCGGGGACCUUAACACCUGCACUCCACUGAUGUGGGCCUGUGCCAAGGGUCAUUCCAAGGCAGCCAUAAUAUUGAACAACUGGAACAAAGGGCCACUACUCACCUUCAAUAGAGAGGGUUAUCUCCCUUUGCUGGUUGCCAGACAGCGAGGCCACCACCUCCUUGCCGACCAAUUGGAAGGUUCGACUGCGUCAGGUGACCAGUCACGUAGUACACAAGAAGUGAUGACAUCACCAGCCAAAAGCAGAUCACAUGACCAAUUCUCUGGCAGUGAGCCUGAAAUUCUCUUCUCCACUUCAGGUGUGACAGAUUUUGAUACUUCAGAAAAUCCAGGUGAAAUGUGUUCAAACUUGCAAACUGUCUCCAUUGAAAGCUCAAUAGAUAGUAGAUGUUUUUCAACAGAUCCUGACUUUCCAAACGCCACAUCGACACCAAUCACAGAUAACGUCUCAUGUUCGACCAGCAGGUAUUUAGGAGAUUCACAACAUCAAAUCUUAGAAAACUCAAGUGUUCUUGGGGAAUUACAUAUCCAAAUUCCAUUAGAAGACAGGAACACAAACAAGAAAUCUCAGAGUAUAGAAAUCUCAACAAACUUUAGCAAAGUCCAGAAUCCUAAGACUGUAAUGAGAACGCCAACGAGUCACAAAAUGCAUUCUAAGUCUAUGUCAGCAUCAGAAAAGCGCCAGAAGCUGCAGAAGCGAUUCUCUGUGGAUGUAAUCUCUAACCAGACUCUAGAGCCAGUGCAUUUUUCUCCAUCAGAGGCGUUUCAGCGACCGGUGCGCGAGGCAAACUCUGAGCCGCAUUUAGCCGCCGGAAAUCUGGAGCAUUUUAUGUGUCAGUCAAAUCCCAUGCUUUCUGAGGGCAGGGAUUUAGGUUCCCCAGACAUGCUUGUGAAGCUAGACCAUUGUGAUCGUCAUGGCCACAAGUGUUUACAGUUGGGUGAUGGUCCCUCAGGCCAGGUAACCAUGGAUACUGACAAUGUCUCCGAGGAUUGCAACAGCUCGGACAUCGAUGUGGAACGCGUGUCGUCUGAUGAUGAGGACAUACGCAGAAGAAUGCUUGCUGAAGGCGAUGACAUUGAAAACAACCAGUCUCAGAUGGUUCACCUGGCCAAACAGAUUAUUGCAGCGAUGCCAGAGAGAAUCAAGUCUUCACCCAGUCGCUGUGACGAAUCACUGGCGGAGGAAUUCAAGCGAGAAAGAAGUAGUUCCUACAGCUCGAUACACUCCGCCUCCCCUCAUGCUGCCUCGUCUUUCGGAGAGGCAUUGUCCUCUUACGGGGAGGACUCUGGGAUUUCAACCCCUAUGCAUGACAGCCUAGCUUUCGAAGAAUACAGGUACCCGGACGUGUACAGUGACCUGGGCACCCCAGCCUCGUCCCUCAGCCCCGACUCCACCUGCCUGCAUAGCCCCUACAGCCCCUACACAUUCCACCUGGACUCGCCCCCGCCCACAGCUGCAGAGUUCAUUGAGUACUUCAACGCACCAGCCACUUUCAUGGAGAAGGACUUCUCACAGCUCACAUUGUCAGACCGAGAGCAGCGUAAGCUAUACGAGGCUGCCAAGGUGAUACAGAGUGCGUACCGGCAGUACCGGGACAAACAGUGCAAGCAGCAGGCCAAGGAGCGCGAGGCUGCAGUACUUAUACAGAGCUACUAUAGGAGAUACAAACAGUAUGCUUACUACAAGAAGAUGACCCAGGCAGCGGUUCUCAUUCAGAGCCAGUUCAGGAGCUACUAUGCACAGAAGCGCUUCAAAAAGAGUCGUGAUGCCGCCGUCGUCAUACAGAACCAGUACCGCAGCUACAAGGAACACGAGCGACUCAAGAAAGGGGGAAAUAAAUCUGUCACUCAGAGAUUUCGGAGCCACUACCAAAGGAAGCCAAUUGUUGCUGGAAAAGGUGCCCGGGUUGUGCAGAUAGUACCAGACACUGACGGCAAACACUUAAGACCCACCUCCAGGUGCCAGGAAGAAGCAAACAUAGCCAUCGACGACUGCCCCCGAGACUCCAGUGAGCGGCCGACGCCAUCUGGUGAUCAGGCUGAAUCAGCAGAGAGGACCACUCAGGACAUGGAGGGAGACAAAGCUGAGGUGCCGCUAAAUUGAGUUAUCUUCCCAUACCUCUGAAGAGAUAUUCUUAUGAUGAUUGUUGGAAUUCUAACGCGAUGACAACUGGUUUCUCCCUAAUUUACUUGAGGCAGUGUUUCAUUUACAUUUGCCAAGUCAUGGGUCCUAUUUCCCCUACAUUCAUAAAUGAAUGAGUCCCACAGAGUGGAAAUAAAAGAUUUGAAAAUUGCAAUGAAUCUCCAAUGGAAUGAGUAUAAGACAUGGGAUGUGAUCCAAAAUACAACACUAAUGAGGGUAACAAAUAUGAACGGAUUCAUGCGAUUAUGUAUUGUCAUUUAGAUUUAAGUGACUUCGAUUCUUUUGUGCAUAACAGUAAAAAGUUGUUUUCCCCUGCAUGUGGGGAUAAGUGGAGUAUACAAUGAGGUACAUCUUCAUACUCUUGAAGAAGUAUUUCUUUCUUUUCUCUUUUUAUUAUUGACAAGGAUUUUGUGGUAAUAAGAAAGGAAGAAAGUAUGGCUGCAAUGAUGGGGUCCAGUUGGAAACAAUUAUUUAAAGAAAAUUGAACAUAAUACAGAAAAAUUCAUCACAUACAGUCAUCCUGACUUGUGAACAGAAAUUGCUCGUUAAUAACUUUAUACAAAUAUUUUAAUGAACAUCAUUAUUAUAAUUGCACAUAUAGAAUUUUGCACAAUGUUUUUUAUUCUCAGUCCUUGUGGUAUUAUGUCAUUAAUUCUAAAUUACAGUAAUUUCUUUGAAUUUUUUCUUGAGGGAUUGCAUUUAAUGUUUUUGUAUAAUUCCCAGAACAAACAUUUAUAUAAUUAAUAAAGCUUUCCAUAAGUAGUGUUCACUGUAAAUUUGCGUACACCCGCAUUUUUAGCAAAAUUAAUUAUUUUGUCAUGACUCUAAAAAAAAUUUUGACGUACUGUUUUUAUGCCAUUAUCAAUUACUAAAUUUUCCGGCAGUUUAUAUUAUUAUUCUAUUUUUCUAGAAUUCUUCCCUGUUGCGAUUAUCCUAUGACACUCUGUUCAUGUGUUUUUACAAAUGGUUUAAGGUCAUAAAACCUGGGGGACGAAUUCCUUAAGGCUCUGUUCCGAUACAUCUGCGUUAUUGGGUAAAUGACUCGUGUAUACCAGCAAUAGACAAUGGUUUCACCCUACAUCUAAAUGUGAAACAUAGACACUGUAAAUUUAAGUAAUGUAUACCUUACAGCGAGGUAUUUUACAAGCACAUAUAAUUAUCCGUUAAAAAAUUUGGCACUAUACACAUUGCUUACCAGUAUCUGAUCAAAAAUGUUAUGUUGUUAGAGUGUCUUUAAAAAUUAUAACACCUUUUUUGUCUCUAAAUUUUCUGACUCCUAUAUUUUUUAAAUAUUUUUGUACCUGAAUAUUCGGAUAAACAAAAUAAAAUAAAAAUAUCCAAUAACUUGGAGUUAUCACAAUAAUACAUAAAUAAUUGCAUUUUAAUAACUUAAUUAUUUAAGACUUAAUUCAGAGAUAAUAGAGGAAAAGAUUAUCUUGUUAGUUACUGGAACUACAUUCAUGUGUUGUGAUUUUUUUCUUGCUCAUUUGUUAAAAAUAUAUUUCAUCAAAGGGCUUUCCAAAAACUUGGAUAACCCCCCUUUAUUGCAAAAAGGGCCAUACUCACAGUUCAUAAUCAACUUCUCGUUACUUUUUCAUAGCCACUAAUUGUAAGUAUGCAACUAUUGAUUGUGUUAUUGACAUUGAAUGUAAAUUUUUACAUAUAAUUUCUUAUACAAUUGUUCAGAAACAGUUUAUUUUGAUAUAUAUUCAAAUAAGAUGAACUUAUAAAAUCAAUUUCAGACCAUGUGCAUGUUCUUGUUAGAAAAGCAUGGCAUUGCUUUUAGGAAGAACAUUGCAAGUGUAAUAUCAACAUUUGUGUGUGGGGGGGUUACAGAUUUUUUGUUAUGCUAUAGUAACUGCUUCUUUUUUCAUUUCCUGCGUUGAAAAGUACUAACAAAUAUAAAAUGCCAAUGUUUUCCUUAUAUCAGUCCCAUACUUUUACAACUGUUUAAUUAUCUGUAUAAUCAUGUUCAAAGUUUAUUAAAUGAUUUAGUGGGAAUUGUCUUAUCAUUUGUAUUGUCAUUUUGAGAAUGUUAAAGAUAACACAUGAACAACUGGAAAAACUCUUUAAAAAUUUAAAACUGUCGCCAAUAUUUUAUCAUAUGUUAUUGCUGUUUAAUUGUUUGGUACUUGAGCAAGAUUGGCAUAUACUAUUUAUUACAUCUUGUUUUGAAGUGGUGUAUACUGAAGAUUUUUAACCAGGUUUUCUGAAGGAAAAAACUGGUUAUUAGAUUGGCGCAUGUCAGCAGGCUUGCGGGCGUGCGGAACAAACUUGUCCAGGCCAUAACUUUGUCGUUCAUUGUGAAAUUUUAAAUUCAUUUGGCACAUUUGUUCACCAUCAUUGGGGGUGUUUUGCGCGAAAGAAUUACGUCAAAUUUUCCAGUUCAAAGGUCAAAAAUGGCCAUAAAUGAGCUUGUCCGGGCCUUAACUAUGUUGUUCAUUGUGAGAUUUUAAAAAUCAUUUGGCACAUUUGUUCACCAUCAUUGCACGGUGUGUUGCGCGCAAGAAUUACAUUAAUAUCUCCAAGGUUGCCACGACUAAAAAUAGAAUGAUUUUGAAACGAGGGGGGUAACUACAUGUAUGAACAAUCAGUAACAAUGCACAUUUUGAGUUUGAGUUGUCUCCCUUUAUCAUACUUUUUUUCAAAUUGAAAUCAAGGUCGCCACAAGUAAAAAUAGAUUGAAUUUGAAACAAGGGGGUAACAAUGCACAUUUUGAAUUGUCUCCCUUUAUCAGACUUUUUUUUAAAUUGAAAACCUGGUUUUGUGACAAUUUUGUCCCUUGUUAAUUCAAGUUUUACUAUGAUUUAUUGAAGCACUUUUCCAUUGUUGAAAUGUCCAGUCGUAUGGAGUGAUGCACAUUUAAAUGCACAAUUAAUAUUUUAUAUUUAUAUAUUUUCAUUAUUGAAGUUGGUAAUGUCAACUUUGUCAAAGCAGUUCUUGGGGUUCUGGCUAGAGUGUCACACAAAUGUAAGGCUGGGCUUCAGAAGCUUCUAAAUAUCAACAUAUUUGCAUGAUUCCUUAAUAGGAAUUUGCUUCUUAUUAUCUUUAUUAAUUUUUCUUGCCUUAAGGUAAAUGUUGAUGGUUAUUUUAAUAACCAAAUUUUCCAAGCACCAACACAAUUGUUUUGCAGAUAUACAUCACAGUCUCGCUUGUCAUGCAGUUUCAUUAUUGUUGUGUUUUAUCUACUUAAUCAGGCACUAUGUUAAACAUUUUCAAAUGUUAUAAGCAUUAUUUCAUGAAAUAGAAAUGUUGUGCUAUUUGCAUGUUCUCCUUAUUUAUGUAUUAAUAUUUGUUAAGUGUGUGUUAUAAUGACAUGAAUUGUGUUAUUUGACUUAUUACUUUUAUGUGAUAAUGCAUUUCAGGUUUAUUCGUUACUGUUAAUUUAAGUUUGCUGAAUGGUUUUAGGUUCUGUAAAACUUUGUUUCUCUGUUUGGAAAAAACCCACAUCUUAUUAUCUCAUUUUUAUACGCCCGUUUAAAAAAAAACGGGAAGUAUUAUAGUUUCACCUUGGCGGCGGGCGGGCGGCGUCCACAGCAGUUUCCGCUCUCUAAUUCAAAUAUUUUUCAUCUGAUUUUCACCAAACUUGGUCAGAAGUUUUAUCUAGACAAUAUCUAGGUCAAGGUCGAAUAUGGGUUUUGCCGGGUCAAAAACUAGGUCACAGGGUCACUUAGUGCAUUUCAAUCAUUUAGCAUGGUUUCUGCUCUGUAAUUGAAGUAGUUUUUAUCCGAUCUUCACCAAACUUGGUCAGAAAUUGUGUCUUGAUGAUAUGUAGGUCAAGUUCAAAUAUGCAUCAUGGUUAAGUUAUCAAGUUGUCCAAAACCUUCAAACGGGUGUAUCUUGUGACAGUUUGGCACUCUUGUUAAAUUUAGUUGUAUCUUAAAUGGAACGUUUCACGUUUUGGUAAAUUGACAAAAUCACACAUUUUCAUUGUAGUAAUGAUAUUUGUGAGGAAACAGUUGUACUGAACAUUUACCAUGCUCUAAAAUAUCCAUUAUCUUUUGACAAUUUAAUAACCUUACAAUUAUAAAGACUAACACAUGCGAAACAAUUGAAUACAUGUAAUUUGGAGGGUUAUGUUGUUAUUAUUAUAUUUUGCGGCACCAUGAGGAUUGCUUCAAUGCUUAUAUAAAGUAUAAAAUACACCACAGAUUGUAUGAGUAUGAUGGUUGAGUGGUUUUAGUGUUAGACUUUUUCUCCAAGGGUCAGAGGUUCGAGUCCAGUUUAGGAUUAAUUUUUUAUGUCCCCCACUAUAGUAGUGGGGGACAUAUUGUUUUUGCCCUGUCUGUUGGUCUGUCUGUUGGUCUGUUGGUCUGUCUGUUGGUCUGUCUGUUUGCGCCAACUUUAACAUUUUGCAAUAAAUUUUGCUAUAUUGAAGAUAGCAACUUCAUAUUUGGCAUGCAUGUGUAUCUCAUGAAGCUGCACAUUUUGAGUGGUGAAAGGUCAAGGUCAAGGUCAUCCUUCAAGGUCAAAGGUCAAAUAUAUGUGGACAAAAUCGCUCAUUUUAUGAAUACUUUUGCAAUAUUGAAGAUAGCAACUUGAUAUUUGGCAUGCAUGUGUAUCUCAUGGAGCUGCACAUUUUGAGUGGUGAAAGGUCAAGGUCAUCCUUUAAGGUCAGAGGUCAAAUAUAUGUGGCCCAAAUCGCUUAUUUUAUAAAUACUUUUGCAAUAUUGAAGAUAGCAACUUGAUAUUUGGCAGCAUGUGCAUCUCAUGGAGCUGCACAUUUUGAGUGGUGAAAGGUCAAGGUCAUCCUUCAAGGUCAGAGGUCAAAUAUAUGUAACCCAAAUCGCUUAUUUUAUGAAUACUUUUGCAAUAUUGAAGAUAGCAACUUGAUAUUUGGCAUGCAUGUGUAUCUCAUGGAGCUGCACAUUUUGAGUGGUGAAAGGUCAAGGUCAUCCUUCACAAGGUCAAGGUCAUCCUACAAGGUCAAACAUCAUAUAGGGGGACAUUGUGUUUCACAAACACAUCUUGUUUCUUUCUUUAAUUAUGCCCCUGGUAGGGUGGCAUAUAGCAGUUUGUCAGUCAUUCCGAAAAAAACUUGUCAAAUAUAUGGCGUCUGUUCGUCUGAAAACUUUAACAUUGGCCAUAACUUUUUCAAUAUUGAAGAUAGCAACUUGAUAUUUAGAAUGCAUGUGCAUCUCAUGAAGCUGCACAUUUUGAGUUGUGAAAGUUUAAGGUCAAGGCCAUCCUUCAAGGUCAAAGGUAAAAAAAAAGUGGCGUUCUCAUGAAGCUGCACAUUUUGAGUGGUGGAAGUUCAAGGUCAAGGUCAUCCUUCAAGGUCAAGGUCAUCUUUCAAGGUCAAAGUUUAAAAAAAAGAAGAAAAAAAGCGGCGUUCUCAUGAAGCUGCAAAAUUUUGAGUGGUGGAAGUUCAAGGUCAAGGUCAUCCUUCAAGGUCAAAGAUAAAAAAUUAAAAAAAGCAGCGCAAUAGGGGACAUGGUGUUUCUGACGAACACAUCUCUUGUUUUAUUCAUGUUUUUACUUAAGCUGUGUUGUUCCAAUGUUUACAUUUAUCUAUUUAAAACAUUUAAUGACAAACUUAAAUACAUGCCAAAAACUGUGAAAAGGUCCCUUUAAAAUGUUGGAACAAUAAUAAUAAUGCUGACAAUUUAUUUUGUGUUUAUUACUAAAAUACAUGUGCUUAAAUAUUAUUAUCAACAAUUUUUGUUUUGUACAUAGAUGCAUUAUUUAUUAUGUUGUGUUUUGAGAUCAAGUUUAUUUAAAAAUAAAUGUUUUUUUUCUUGAGACUUAUUUAUAACUUAGACAAGCUUACUUUUGACAUUUAGAAGGUUUACUUUCAGAUUUCUUUUGAGGGCAGUUUUUGUCACUUCUUUUCUUCUUAUGCAGCUUUUCAAUGUACCUUUGCAGGAAUGUAUAUGUUAUAUGUUUGUCAGUAUACAGUUUCUCUAUAAAUGCAUAUACUGGUACCCUUAGCUAUAAUAUCUGUAUUAUUGGCUGGAUAAAAUUAACCUGAAAUUUCAGAAAUAAGCGGUUUAAACAACUUUGAUUUCCACACCUUUUAUUAUACCCCCACAAACGAAGUUUAGGGGAGUAUAUAGGAGUAAACUUGUCGGUUGGUCCGUAUUAAGUGUCCGCUCUCUAAUUCAAGUAGUUUUCAUCCGAUCUUCACCAAACUUGGUCAGAAGUUGUAUCUACAUAAUGUCUAGGCCAAGUUCGAACAUGAGCCCUGAAGGGUGAAAAACUAGGUCACUGGGUCACUUUGUGCGUUUUAAACAUUCAGCAUGUUGUCCUCUUUAAUUCAAGUAGUUUUCAUUCGAUCUUCACCAAACAUGGUCAAAAGUUGUAUCUUGAUAAUGUCUAGGGCAAGUUUGAAUAUGGGUCAUGCCGGGUCAAAAACAAGGUCACUGGGUCACUUAGUGCAUUUUAAACAUCACAAUGUUGUCCGCUCUCUAAUUCAAGUAGUUUUCAUCCAAUCUUAACCGAACUUGGUCAGAAUUUGUAUCUAGAUGAUGUCUAGGUCAAGUUUUAAUAUGGGUCAUGCCGGUCAAAAACUAGGUCACGGGGUAUCUUAGUGCGUUUUAAACCUCACCAUGUUGUCCGCUAGUUUUCAAGUAGUUUUCAUCCAAUCCUCACCAAACUUGGUGUCAAGUUUAAUCUCAAUGAUCUCUAGGACAAGUUUGAACAUGGGCCAUUCCGGGCCUAAAACUAGGUCACGGGGUGCGUUUUUUUAACAUUCAGCAUGGUGUCCGCUCUCUAAUUCAAGUAGUUUACAUUCGAUCUUCACCAAACUUGGUCAGAAGUUUUAUGGAGAUGAUCUUAAGGCCAAGUUAGAACAUGGGCCUUUCUGGGUCAAAAACUAGGUCAAGGGGUCACUUAGUGCGUUUUAAAAAUUGAGCAUGGUGUCCGCUGUUUUUUGUGAAGAUGACAUGCAAAAUAUUAUGCGGCAUGUGGGGGUAUUCGUCACAUCUGUGACAAAGCUCUAGUUUAUCUUAAUUUGCUGAUUUAUUAAAUUUAAUGAUCAAAUGUGACGUUAUUUUAACCACUCAAAGAUUAUGCAGCCAUUUUCUUUUAUUUGACUAAAACUUUCCUUCAAUUGGUCACCUUAAGCCUUGAUUGCUAAUAAGCAAAUGUUCGGCACCAUACGAUCUAUUUCAUUUAGUGUCGGGUAAAACUUUCGGAGCUACAUGGUAUAUUUGUUAUGUUUGUGUAUUUUGUAUUUUUCUGCUUCAUAAGUAGCAUUCAGCUUUGCAACUAAUUAUCAUCAGCUCUGCUUAUUAUAGUCUUAAGGAGAUGUAUAUGCUGUUUUCAAAGAAUUAGCAAAUUGUUUUCACUAAUCCUAACAACUAUGUUUGACAAUUUAUUGUAAAUUUGAACAUUUUAACCAUGAUAUGAUCAUUAUGUUCUUAACAAAAUAUUUAAGAAGUUAAUCAUUUUAUUUGACUUUUCACUUUAGGGUAUGCAUAUUUUAUAAAUGAAGCUUAAAAUUGUUAAGUAAUUUACAAUUCAAAAUGUUGUCUUAAGAACAGUACAGAAUUUAAAUUACCACAUUUCUUCUUCAUGUUUCUUUCCCUUUCUGAUUUGAUACACAUUAUGUUAUUGAUAUAAUAUUUUGUAAAUUUAUCAUCAUAUGUUGUAAUAAUUAUUUGUCAAAGUGAAUCCCACGUUUUCCAUGUCCACAGUUUAUAUUUAUAUAUAUAUUUGUUAUUGUGAUAAAACAUGUUUUCAAAGUUCUCUCUUUUUUACUUAAAAUUUGUCAACAAAAAUAAAAACUUUGGAAAAUUUAAA